GUGCAAGACCACUGUUGCUGCUUGUCGACUGACUAUACCAAUUCUUGAACAGAUGUAAAAUUGUAAACACGAGCGAGGCGGUUUGAGACCUAGCAAUCGAAAUAUCAUUUUUGGAGGAAGCCCUUCGUCCUUGCCAUUACCACUCACCUGCCAUUUGAAACGUUGCAGGAGGAAACGAAAAAUGGCAGCAAAAUUCCACCAAACGUCGUGGGAUCCAUCUACGUUGAACAACGUCUCAAUCUCGCAGCAAUGCAUGAUCAGGGUGAAGAGGGACAUAAUGGCCAUCUACAAGGACCCCCCGCCUGGCAUCUUCGUGGUGCCUGACGAGAAAGAUAUGACGAUGGUGCAUGCUGUCAUCACGGGCACAGACAACACGCCGUAUGAGGGUGGCCUCUUCUACUUCGUCAUCCGCUUUCCGCCCAACUACCCGAUCGAGGCGCCCAAGGUCAAGUUCAUGACCACCGCUGCUGGCACGGUGCGCUUCAACCCCAACCUCUACUCCAAUGGCAAGGUGUGUCUCAGCAUUCUGGGCACAUGGGAGGGGCCUGCCUGGAGCCCGGCACAAAGCCUCGAGAGCGUUCUGAUCUCAAUCCAGAGCCUCCUCAGUGAGAACCCCUACUUCAACGAACCAGGGUUUGAUAAGGAGAGGAACAAGGGGGACAAUGCCAAAUACAACGAUAUCAUCCGACAUGAGACGCUCAGGGUGGCCGUCAUUGGCAUGGUGGAAAACGAGUGCUUUCUUGCGAUCCCCAAGCAACUGCAGGAUGUGAUCGAGCAGACGUUCCUAAACUACUAUGAUAGCUAUGUCACUACUGCGGAGAAAAAUAGCCACAUGAACAAUGCCGUCAUGCAGGAUCCUUUUGGAGAGAGAAGAGGCAAGUUCGUGUACAAAGUGCUUGCCCAGAGACUGCCGCCGAUCAGAGAAAAGCUCAAGGCCAAGUGGGGCGACCAGGCGAACCCCACGCAGCCCGUGCCCCCCAGCCCCAACGGGGACUGCAUUCCUGAGCCCCUUGAGCUCUCAGACUUAGAGGACAUGUAGCUGAGGGCCGGCCGCGCCCGCACUCUGCACCAUCUAAGUCAAGACUUCUCGUUAAUCCUGACCAUAAAUAUGAACAUUACCUUUUUAAAUUCCCGGGCAAAAUGACAGACACACUUGAGAAUGAAUGAGUAAUUUUAAGAAACAAUCUGCAAACACUCUUCUUGAAUUGCCACAGAUGCCAUUGAUUGAGGGAUGACAUUAUUUCCUGAGAAUGAAUGGCACAACUAGUUCCUUCCUCCUCCUGGAACGAAUCAUAUGCAUUUCUUGGGCGUUAUUUUAAACAAUAUCAGAACAUAUGGAUUUUACUGUUAUAAUCAGACUUCUCAAUGCUUGUGAAAAACUCCAACGCCCUGUGAAUGCUAAGAGAUUGCAAGGUUAUGAGAGUGCUGUUUAAUUUUCAUGUUUACCUAGAAUCACAGGCAAACAAAGCAAUGGUUUUUUACAUAGUUACAACGUUAUUCAACAAAAUUAGUUAGAAUAACAGAACUCGUCUGAAUUCCUUUCAUGUUCCAAAUCUAAUAUAUAUAUGAUUUAUUUUGAUAACAAAUAAACGGGAAAAUCUCA